UUUAUAUUUUAUACUACUAUAAUCUUUACUAGCAUAAAGAUUGUGGUAGACUCCGGCGUUGUUCGUGUGUCAAAGUUGGAGACCGGACGCUUGAACGGUUACGUUUGCACUUUCAACGCUCUUCCUACGACUUCUUCGUUUUUACCGCUUACGGAGAAAGGUACAAAUUUCUUACUACUAUAAGUUUUAAUCUGUGAAGAGAGAGAAAGAGAGAGUGAAGAGAGCUGCCGGCCUCCUCCUCCUCCAUCCGUUUCCAUAUCAACACACCGUUGUUCAUACCCUAUCAGGUAACUCUUUUUCACCUUCUGUCUCCAUCGUCCAUCUUCUAUUUUUGUGCGACACCCCAUGGGUUGGACUUGUGGAGAUUCAUUUUUGUGUUCUUUUCCCUCUCUCUCAACUUUCAUAUUUUUAUUACAUAAACCAUAGUUUUUUCACCUAAAAUCUAGAUCUAGAAAAUGUUUAUGCUUUCUUAGAUUUUAGAUUUAUUCAUUUAAUCUGUGAAACAUGAAACAUUUAAGGUACUGGCAGGUAGUAUGAGGUUUCAUCUAAGAUCUUAUUAGCACUAGAUUCACUUCAAAAAAAAUGAAGGACAUUACUAUGUUUCAAGAGGUAAACCAUCUAAACACCUAGUGCAAUCCACAUCCAGAUUGUAUGUCAUUCUUUCAUUUUCAAUUUUAUAUUUUAUCAGCAAAAGAUUGCCUUAACGGAACAGGUAAAGCAAUUGCGAAAACUUCAUUUUCUGAAACCAGUUUUCAACCACAAAAUGAAGUACAUGUAUGAGCUGAUAUAGGUAAGUCAUUUUCUGUAAAUAGAUAAUUUUGGAAUAUCUUGUGAUAAUCUUGAAUCCCACAGGACAUAAUAUUGAAGGUGACGAGGAAGUAAAUCAUGAAACUCCUCUCACUCUGAGAAAAGAAGUACAUAGUAGAAACAAGUUGAAUCAACAAAAUGGAGGAGAUCAUUAUGUUUCUAGAGGUAAACCAUGUAAACACUUAGUGUUCAAAUUGUAUGUCAUUCUAUCAUUUUCACUUUUAUUUUUUAUUAGCAAAAGACCGCCUUAAACGAACCGGUAAAGACACUGCGAAAACUCCAUUUAUUGAAACUGGUUUUCAUGCAAGGAAUGAAGUACAUGUAUCAGUUGGCAUAGGUAAGUCAUCUACACAUAUCAUGAUUAUAUUAAAUAUAAUCUAGAUGUAAAUGGAUAAUAUUGGCGUGAUAUUGUUCUAAUCUUAAAUCCCACAAGACAUAUUGAAAGUGACGAGGAAGUAACUGUACUCUUGAAACUCCUACCAUCGUGGGAAAAGAUGGCAAAAACUUUAACACUGAAGCUCAAAUUGGUGAUGAUGAAUGUCAUAUGCAAAAACCUGAAAGUAAUGUGCAAAAGAAAGUAAAAGGAUGUGGUAACAAUAAAAGGAAGGUCUUGCACAAAUCUGUCUUUGUUGAUCUUAAUGAAGAUGAUGUGCCAGCAAGUGAUUCACGGAGACAAAUGUCUUCUUUGAUUGGUACCCUUGUACGGGAUUCUAGAAAACUACCACUUGAUUGCUUUUAUUGGAGAAAAAAAGAAGAGACAAUGAAGGAGCUAAUAUGAUAGAAGUCAAGGUAUGCAUAAUUUUUAUAAAUGUGUAUUUUCAAUACCUUAAAAAUUAAAGUGACUCUAAAAUACUAUUCACAAUUUACCUCUUCAUGAAACAUAAAAUGUCUCAGGGGUCCUACAACUUUCCCGAAAGAAAUGAGCCACAUGAAUGGGUGAUAAUGAAAUUACAUGCUUCUUGGAAAGAUUACAAAUCAGAGCUAAAAUUAAUAAAGAAAAAUAUUUUAAUGGAAAAAAUCUUGCAACAGCAUUACUGAAAAAGGCUCAACAUAUACCUCUGAAUAUGUGGACGAACUUGGUAGAGUUUUGGAGUUCAGAUUUAGGCAAGAAAAGAAGCGAAAUACGGACUAAGAAUCGUGGUAAGAAUCGAGUUCAACAUUAUUCUGGGACAAGAAGUCAUGCAUGUAUUCGAGCUAACGAAGGGGCAAAAAGAAAUAAGGUAGACAAGCUUGGAACAUGGCUCUUGACACAUGAGCCAAAGAAAGGUUUAAAACUUGAUGAUGUUUCAGCUAUGAGAAAGGUUAAAUAAAAGUAGGCAAAACCUUAAUUUUUCAUUGUUAUUUAGAUAAUUAUACCCUUAUUCAUUGAUAAUUUAUUCAUAAUUUUACAAGAGUUAAUUCUUAAGGAGUUGGAUACUUUGAAAGAUGUAGCAGUCGGUGCACCUGCUCGUGAUGAAGUUUUUGAGAAGGUAGUGGGAGAAGACAAAAAUGGAUAUGCAAAGACCUUUGGUAUGGGAGUUAGAGUUCCUCAAUCACGUUCUAAACAGUGCGCCUUGAAGGAGGAGAAAGCAAAAAGAUUGAAAAUUGAACAAGAGCAUGAAGAAAAAAAGAGAGACUCAAGAAUUUAGAAGAUGUAAUAUCAAUGCUUUUAAAUACCCUGGAUUCAACGGCUAAUCAAUCUGAAAUCGAUGACCUUAUAAUUGAUGGUAUUACAACCACUGAGAAAAGUCAUGAUGAUGAUUGAUGGAACAAAGAUGAUGAAGCUGAGAGUGAUGAACUUGAAGAUGUAGACAAUGACGAGCAUUAAAGCUUAGGACUAUAUCUUCCAUAUUAAUGUGUAUUUUAAUUUAGUUCACUUUGACUUUUUAUACUUUAGCUUGACGCAAAUGAUGAGCUAAUUUGAGAUGUUGGAUUACUUUCUAGUAAAUAAGUUAAUUGUAACCCU